AUGCCCACAACAGCCUCCUCCUCCGGCACUCUUAUCCCACUAAUUCAGCUCCACCACCACCGCAGCGGCGGCGGCGGCUCCAAAAUUAGAACACUCUUCUGCUCAAAACCCCUUGCUUUCCCUCACCUCCUUAUAUAUUCUCCUUCUCGUUUGAGACUUGGCCGUUCCAAUGCCUUUCCUUCUCCUGUUAUCUAUGCUUCUUUCAAGGAAAAUAUUGGGAAGAUUAAAAAGAAAUGGUGUGACUUAACCAGCUUGAAUUAUUGGGUAGUGGGUGACUAUUACCGCCUUGUCGAUUCAGUAAACUCCCUCGAGCCUCAAAUUCAAGCGCUUUCUGAUGAAAUGCUGAGUGCAAAGACUGUGGAGUUUCGGCGGCGGUUGGAGCAAGGAGAGACGCUAGCUGACAUUCAAGCAGAAGCUUUUGCUGUUGUUCGCGAAGCUGCAAAAAGGAAGCUUGGAAUGCGGCAUUUUGAUGUUCAGAUUAUAGGUGGUGCAGUGCUUCAUGAUGGGUCUAUUGCAGAGAUGAAAACUGGGGAAGGAAAGACGUUGGUGUCCACAUUAGCGGCCUAUCUCAAUGCCCUUACAGGCGAGGGUGUUCAUGUGGUAACAGUUAAUGAUUACCUGGCUCAACGAGAUGCAGAGUGGAUGGGACGCGUUCAUCGGUUUUUGGGUCUUUCUGUUGGUCUUAUCCAAAGACGGAUGACAGCUGAGGAAAGGAGAUCAAACUAUGGCUGCGACAUAACGUACACCAACAAUUCAGAACUUGGUUUUGAUUAUCUUCGAGACAAUCUAGCCAGUAGCAGUGACCAGCUUGUGAUGAGAUGGCCAAAGCCCUUCCAUUUUGCAAUAGUUGAUGAAGUUGAUUCCGUGCUCAUUGAUGAGGGGAGAAAUCCUUUGUUGAUAAGUGGUGAGGCAAAUAAGGAUGCUGCUCGAUAUCCAGUUGCUGCCAAAGUGGCUGAGCUCCUCAUACGUGGCCUUCAUUAUAACGUGGAGCUUAAGGAUAAUUCUGUGGAACUGACUGAAGAAGGAAUUGUGCUAGCUGAGAUGGCUCUUGAAACAAAUGAUUUAUGGGAUGAGAAUGAUCCUUGGGCCAGAUUUGUGAUGAAUGCUUUGAAAGCCAAAGAGUUCUACAAGCGAGAUGUUCAAUACAUUGUUAGGGAUGGGAAGGCUCUUAUAAUAAAUGAGUUGACAGGAAGAGUAGAAGAGAAAAGACGAUGGUCUGAGGGGAUUCAUCAGGCUGUAGAAGCUAAAGAAGGCGUCCAGAUACAGGCUGAUUCAGUGGUUGUAGCACAAAUCACAUAUCAGUCACUAUUUAAGUUGUAUCCAAAGCUCUCAGGGAUGACUGGGACAGCAAAAACUGAGGAGAAAGAAUUUUUGAAAAUGUUUCAAAUGCCAGUUAUUGAGGUGCCAACGAAUCUGCCAAAUAUUCGACUAGAUUUACCAAUUCAAGCUUUUGCUACUGCACGAGGAAAAUGGGAAUAUGUUCGUGAAGAAGUUGAGUACAUGUUUGGACUGGGUCGUCCUGUUUUAGUUGGGACUACUAGUGUUGAGAAUUCUGAAUAUCUUUCUUCUUUGCUGAAGGCAAGGAAAAUUCCACACAAUGUUCUCAAUGCACGACCAAAGUAUGCUGCUAGGGAAGCUCAAAUUGUGGCCCAGGCUGGGAGAAAAUAUGCAAUAACCAUAUCUACAAAUAUGGCUGGUAGGGGAACUGACAUAAUCCUGGGAGGAAACCCAAAGAUGCUUGCAAAAGAAGUACUUGAAGAUAGCUUGCUUUCUUUCCUGACAAAAGAUGCUCCUGAUGUUGAAGUAUAUGGAGAGCCAAGCUCAGAAAAGGUCUUGUCAAAAAUGAAAAUUGGACCAUCAUCACUUGCUUUGCUGGCUAAGACAGCUCUGAUGGCUAAAUAUGUUGGCAAAAGUCAGGGUAGAUGCACUUAUCAGGAAGCAAAGUCAAUGAUUUCUGAUUCUAUUGAGUUAAGUCAGUGUUUGGACUCAAGAGAGCUCCAAAGGCUUGUUGAUGAACAAUCAGAGAUGUAUCCUCUUGGCCCAUUGAUAGCUCUUACUUAUCAAUCGGUUCUUCGAGAUUGUGAAAUUCAUUGUUUGAGUGAAGGACUAGAAGUCAAAAGGCUUGGGGGCUUACAUGUCAUUGGGACAUCUUUACACGAAUCAAGAAGAAUCGAUAAUCAGCUUCGUGGUAGAGCAGGCAGACAAGGGGAUCCAGGAUCAACACGGUUCAUGGUUAGCUUGCAGGAUGAAAUGUUUAAGAAGUUCAACUUUGACACAGAAUGGGCAGUGAGACUUAUCUCUAGGAUUACAAAUGAUGAGGAUAUCCCUAUUGAAGGUGACACAGUUGUUAAGCAGCUUUUGGCACUACAAAUUAAUGCUGAGAAGUUUUUUUUUGGCAUAAGAAAGAGCCUUGUAGAGUUUGAUGAAGUUUUAGAGGUGCAAAGGAAGCACGUCUAUGAUCUUCGGCAAUCAAUCUUGACAGGCAAUUCAGAAAGUACCUCACAGCACAUUUUCCAAUACAUGCAAGCAGUGGUGGAUGAAAUUGUCUUUAAAAAUGUUAAUCCUCUUAAGCACCCAAGCUGCUGGUCUUUGGGUAAGCUUUUAAAGGAGUAUAAUGACAUAGCAGAGGAGUUAUUGAAUGACUGUUUUGCAGGGAUUACGGAAGAAAGUUUUGGGAAAUCACUCUCUCAACUUCAUGAAUUGAAUUCUGUGAAUAUCAAUGACUUUCACCUUCCAAAUCUGCCCAAACCUCCUAAUUCUUUUAGGGGAAUCCGUGCAAAGAGCUCUUCAUUGAGACGUUGGCUUGCUAUAUGCACUGAUGAUUCAACACCAGAUGGGAAGUAUCGGGCGACUGCAAAUCUUCUUCGCAAGUACCUUGGAGAUUUCAUGAUUGCUUCAUACUUGAAAGUCAUUCAAGAAUCUGGUUAUGAUGCUAUGUACAUAAAGGAAAUAGAGAGGGCAGUUCUUGUUAAAACUUUAGAUUGUUUCUGGAGGGAUCAUCUUGUAAACAUGAAUAGGCUCAGUUCAGCGGUGAAUGUCCGGAGUUUUGGGCACAGAAAUCCACUUGAAGAGUACAAAAUUGAUGGUUGUCGAUUCUUCAUUUCGAUGCUUAGUGCUACAAGAAGGUUAACUGUAGAGUCACUCAUACAUUACUGGUCAUCUCCAAUGGAGUCCGAAGAAUUAUAUGUAUAAAUUAAAAGAUGUCAAUCUUACUGAUUUGACAGGUCCCUUGAACCAUUUCCUGGCGUCCAAAGCCCACCACAGCAUUAUCAAUGUCAAGGCUACAAAGAGAGCAACGGGAGCA